UCCGAGCAAGACCAGCACUGUCUUUCAGGCAAGAGCGGAAUGAAAUAAUGAAUGGUUCGCCUACUUUACAGUUUACUGCACAGGAACAUGGACUUCCGCCAUUUUGCACUGGUAGAGUAAAGAUUAUUUUGGGGAGAGGAGAGGAUGCGCUGGAACUGAUGCUUUUUGACAUGGAAUGGAAGAUUCAGCCACAUCACCACCAUGCAUUAUGCAUUUUGCAUAAUCAUCACCAUCAUCACCAUCACUGGUUUAAUGGAUGAGCACCAUCACCAUGAGUUAAUGGAUUAUGCAUCACCAUCAAUUAAAAUGGUCAACACUAUCAGAUGAUAGAUUGAGCAUUAACAUCAUUGUGCAUUAUCCUGUUUCUCUUUCAUUUUUCUUUGUAAAAUGAAUGACAGAAAAUAUCCUCCCAAAUGGCUAAUUGUCUUCCUCUUAAAAUAUCUGAUAAACUCUCUGCUGUUCCCUUUAUUUAUUUCAAACAUCCACAUUCUGAAGGACGUUCUCUGCCAGUGUUCCAUAUGAAUAGUGAAAUGACUUCUAUACUAUCACGGAUGUCCUCAAUUUCUGUGUUGUUAGUGGUACAGAGCAAAGUCUUGCUAUGAGUGCCAAAGCAGAACUGGAUGUCCUGCCACAUGAUGCAGACGUCCCAUCUGAAAGCAGCAUCUCUCACGCUCCCAAUGACGGUUCUGCACAGCGGCUCAAACCCCAGGAUACCACCACAAUCAUCUUUCCAGCUUCUGCUCAUCCACUGCCAAAAGUGGAGCUGCCUCCAAAUGCAAUCAAGGCGAUUAAAGGCAGUGAACUGGAGGCCGCACCACUUCCUGCUCAGGUGGGAGGGACGAUUGUCCAUGUUCUGGGCUGGAAGGAGGGAAUGGCCAUCCUCCCUGGAAGCAAUCUGAAGUUAUGUGUUAGUGAUACUGGUUCACUGGAAGUGAUCAGUGAAGGGAAAAUAGGCUCUGCUAAUCUGACCACUGAAGGAGCGCAGACAAAAUCAGCUGAAAUGGAGCUCAAACAAGCUGAAAAACCAGAUCCAGACCCAUGGGCUUCUUGGGAUAAAGACGUCUCAGUGGGUGGGAAUGUCCGGUCUGCUGCCUUUGUGGAGGCCGGCAGACUUCAGAGAGCACGUAUGGAGGCUCGGGACAGUCCAGCUCAUAGCAAGUGCACUGAGACACCGGCCAAACAGACUUACUUAACGCAGCUACGCGGAGAGACGAUGUCUGAAAAUACUGCAGGGAUUGCUGAAGCACAGGUGAUCUAUCAUGAGCAUGAGAUGCUGAAGCCCAUGAAGAAGAGGAAGAGGAGGGAAUACAACAGCCCAUCAGAGGAAGAGUCUGAUGCUGAACCAAUGGAGGAGAAAGUGGAGGCUUUAAAAAUGGAUGGCCGACAGAACAAAGCAGGCUCAUCGGAGAGUAAGCUGGAGACGUGGUCCUGGCCGCAGUAUCUAGAGCAGCAGAAAGCUGUGGCCGCUCCAGACAGACUCUUCCACGAGACCCAGAGGGUUCCCGUGAUUAAGAACAGCUUCAGACAGGGGAUGAAGUUAGAAGGCAUCGACCCCCAGCACCCCUCCAUGUAUUUCGUCCUGACCGUCGCUGAGGUCUGCGGCUUCAGACUGCGUCUUCAUUUUGAUGGCUAUUCUGACUGCCAUGACUUCUGGGUGAACGCCAGCUGCCCUGAUAUCCACCCCGCAGGCUGGUGUGAGAGCACAGGACACAAGCUGUACACCCCGAAAGGAUGUAAAGAGGAAGAGUUUUCUUGGUGCAGCUACCUGAAGAUGACGCGCUCUCAAGCCGCGGCGCACGAGCUGUUCUGUGGCUCAGUCAGACCCGACACACUCUGUGGCUUCGAGGUGGGGAUGAAGCUGGAGGCUGUGGACCGCAUGAACCCCUCGCUCAUCUGUGUAGCCACCGUGACGGACAGAGUGGGCGACCGCUUCCUGGUUCACUUUGACAACUGGGACGACACGUAUGACUACUGGUGUGAUGCUCACAGCCCGUACAUUCACCCCAUCGGCUGGUGUCAGGAGAGAGGCCUGCCGCUGACGCCCCCUCAGGACUAUCCGGACGCUGACAGGUUCUCGUGGGAGAGGUAUCUGGAGGAGACGGGCUCGACGGCGGUCGCUCCUGAAGCCUUCACAGUGCGCCCCCCGCACAGCUUCCAGGUGCAGAUGAAGCUGGAGGCGGUGGAUAAGAGGUGUCCGGGGCUGAUCCGCGUGGCUACGGUGCAGGAGAUCGACACCUACAGGAUCAAGAUUCAUUUUGAUGGCUGGAGUCACUUGUAUGAUGAGUGGAUGGAUUCGGAUCAUCCGGACAUCCACCCUGUGGGCUGGUGUGAGAGCACAGGACACCCCCUCAAGCCUCCCCCCUGCCAGCCCACCGCGCAGAGACCCGGUGAGACACCUCCCUCCUCACCCUCACCUGCUCAUGUACCGAAUGCUGUGUCAGCUCAGAGUCCCCUGUGUGGUUUAGGUCCCCGGGAGAGUCUGACGGCCCGGCCGCCCAGCUUCUCCUCCGUGCCUCAGCCUCGCAGCACCUCCAAAUACAGCUUCCACCACAGAAAGUGCCCUACUCCGGGAUGUGACGGGUCAGGUCAUGUGACCGGCCGCUUCACCGCGCAUCACUGUUUGUCUGGCUGCCCAUUGGCUGAGAGGAACCAGGGCCGGCUUAAAGCGGAUCUCUCUGAUACAGAGGGAUCCAGACGUAGCCUGCUGGUCUUCGGACAGAGAGCAAAGAAAUCACGCUACCAUGGCAGGAUUGGUCGCCCUCCUAAAUAUCGCAAAAGUCAGCAGAGAAAUUGUCAGAACAUGUCGUCGGAGGGAGUGUACUCGUCUCUCUUCAUGACAGCGUUUACAGCGAGCUCGGACCGGACUCUGUCUCUCUGCUGGGAGCAGCACUGUAAGUUACUGCCCGGCGUCGCAGGACUUCAUGCAGCUCAAGUGUCCACAUGGACUAUAGAGGAGGUCUUUGGAUUUGUCAAUAAUCUUAUUGGUUGUGAGGAGCAGGCCCGAAUUUUCAAAGAUGAAAUGAUUGAUGGAGAGGCCUUCCUCCUUCUGACUCAAAAUGAUAUUGUUAAGAUCAUGAAUAUCAAGCUCGGACCAGCGUUGAAGAUUCACAAUGCCAUUUUAAUGUUCAAGAGCACAGAUGAAGGCCUGAAGUGAGCAGACUCCUCGUGCUGUAACCAUCCAGUCAGAAUCUGUCAUCAAUCACGUGUUUGGUGUUUACCGUCUGAACCCACCAGAGAGAGAGAGAGAAAAGUCCAGGAUGAACUAUGAGUGACAGAGCAGCCCAGCUGAGCUUUGAUGCUGCUUUAUUUCAAAAACGAAACGACACGUUCUGAUAAAGAACAUCUUGAUCUAAACCCACCAUGCAGGCUUUUACAGAUAGUGUUUUUUGUAUCUGAAAUCUACAUUUGUCCUCAGAAAUAUCAGGGCAGAUUUCAGUCGAUUGGUGCUACUUUAUUCGAUCCCUGAUGAUGUUUAUGCACUUUACAUGAUGAGUCAGUCCAGGGCACUGCUGUCCAUUGUUUGGGGACCUUUAACAAUAUUUGCCCUCAGUAACAAAGUGCUCCUGACAUUGUGGUGUUUAAAGAGAUUCUAGUUUAAAAGCAUGAGCUAUUUUACAGAGACAGUUUGGAUUCUCAAAUCAGUGUUGUUGUUAUUUUUCAACUGUAUGAAUGAGGGGUGAUUAGCAGAAGGUCAUCUGUGUUUCUCUCUCUGAUGGGAAAAUUUGAAUAAUGUAGAGUUGAGUAACUGUGUCGUUCAGUUCAUCAACAUGAAUAAAUGUUUAAUUCAA